GGUCGAACGAGAUAGUACCGAAAAAUUCUCAAAAGCGACAGAUUAGCAGACAUUUAGUCACCACCACUGAGUAGGUCUUAUGUUGUAGAACUGGAAGCUAUUUUUCCGUAGCGAAUCUUGUUUUUUUUGAUCUUCGUCAAUUGCCAUUUGUCGGUAAGAACUCUUCAGCAGGCAAGAUGCAGAUGUCCCGGCCACAAAGUCGCGGCGUCGGCCGGACCGGCACGAAUGCCAGAGUGGCCGGAUCGCGGAUGGGCACGAGCGCGAUGCGGAUGGGUAACAACGCUAUUGCUCAUGCUCGGGAUCAUUUUUAUUCGGACGCACACGGGAUCACACCCCCAUCUACACUGUGUUGAAAACAAGUUUUUUUUAAUAUUCCGGCGGAUAAUUUCCUUAUUCUCUUUCUCACUUGAUCUUGUUUUUGAUAUUGUCCUACACUUCUUCUAUGACUAUGUUGUUGCUGCUCCAUGCCCCUGCUAGGUACAUCCGCGGGAUCACGGAAUCCUGGUGUUGGGCUGCUUACCGAUAUCCGUGUCCAAGAUAGACCUCUGACGCAGAUGGGUGUGCACGUAUCAGGUGGCGGAAACAAACCGGGAAGGCAAAUUUACGACAAGAGCUACUACAUGACGCAAUUGCGCCAGAAAGUGAACGAGCUGCGCGACGCCCUCGAACGAUUUAAUGGAGAGAUGGUGUCUAUCCAAAACGACAACAACACUUUUUCGAUGCUGGAAAAAAGGUACUUGUUCGUAUCUCUAAUUAAAUGGACCUACUUCUAAUCUUUGUGGCGCGAGAAAGGUGCGCGACCUUCUUGCUGAAAACAUUUAUCAGCAGAGACUGUAGUAUGUCUGACACUGACAUUUUCAGUUCUAUGAUUUUUGGAAAUUGAAUUUGAAUCGUCAUCGUCUGGUGAAGGUAUGAGCAGCUGAUAAAGUCUGUGCGCAAUUUAGAGGGCGAGCUAGCAGACUACAAUCUAGCGCUAGACAAGCAAAGAACGGAUACCAGGCCAGAAGAAGUCACGUACAUGUACCAGUUGCUGAAGGGACAGAAUGAUGCGCAGCGGAUGGAACUAGAUCAGCUGUUUCUGGAAAAAAAGGGACACGAAGAGGAGAUCAAGAAAUUCGAUGAGGUAGUGUUAGUUUUUUGAUGUUGAAAACAACAUUGUGAUGAAGUCAUUUAGAUGAAAGGUGCGAGAAUCUUCAAUAAUGAAUAUGUUGUAGUUUUUUUUCAACUAACUUUCUCUUUCAUGAUGACGAUGAUGAUGAUUUUCUACAACCCUAUUCGUUCCUUGCUUCAGAUUCUAGAUUCUUUCACGCGUGCAGAUGAGGAAAAGCUGAACGAUUUGCACCCAGAACAGCGUUUGGAGUACGAUGAGCUUCAGGCAGAAAGCCGAAAAAUCAAUCUGGCACAGCUACGGCAUGAGGUUGAUAUGAUAAGCCAUAACCUGGCCAUGGGAGAGGCACGCUUGCGCCAGGAGCCACUCCGUCUUCGGAUGCAGGAGCACAAAGAAAAACGUGUCCAGCUUUUCUCGCGGCUCUCGGCGCUGGAGCAACAAGCGAAGGAAUCACAACUCAGCAUCCCGGAACAGCGCGACCUGCUCCUGCAGAAAGUACUGCUGAUUGAUACAUAAGGAGGCUCUAAACGACCUAACGUAUUCAUUGCGUAUGAAAAAGCAAAUGACUCCGUAGGUCAAUAUAUUUCAGCACAACUACUACGUGAACGCAAACCCAUACCGCCCUGUUCCUGUUCUACAGAAUUCUUAUGACAUGUUGACUCGUCUAUGAACAGCAUGAAGUCUCUCUCUCUCUUCCUACCAGGUCAAGGACAAUAAUCAAGAAAUCGUUCGAACUGAAGAGCGAAUCCUUGAAACACGGAAGGAGACUGAGAAUUUGAAGAAGCAGUUGAUCGAAGUAAACGCUUCUGCGGAGCAAAGCAGCGCAGACCAACAGAAAUAUGAAGUGCUUUUCACAAAAGAUCAAGAAAUGACCAAGUUUUUGGAAGACUUCCCAAAAAACUUGAAGGACGAGCAAGCAAAAUGCGCAGCAAAGCAGCAAGAGAUUCUUGGUAAGCAGUAGCUGUUGCUUGGACUUGGAUCAUGUUCUUUUGAGUUUCUAUUUUUGCCGAGAUUUGAUCAUUUUCUAAACUUCGUCUCCAUAAUAUUUGUAAAUCCAGGUGUUCUUUCCGACACCUCAAAGUACCUCGGCCAGAGAUCCGCCGAUUUAGACCGGUUAGGCCAGGAACUAGACGACGAGCUUGAAUUCAAGAAAACGCAGCUGGAUCAGAGUCGGGGCACCAACGUGAAAUUGCUCGGGCAGGUAGAUAAGCGAAAACAAGAGCUGGAGAAGAUUCGAACUCUGGACUCCAAGAUAUCACAGGAAUUGCAGAGUCUCGACGACCGACAAAAAGAGAUGCAGAAGGAAAUUGAAGAGAAGUAUCUUCAUGCAGAAAGCAUGCGCGCAGAAAAGCUUUCCCAAACAUCCGAAUUACAGUUAAGGGUUGAAGCAUUUCAUUUUUACAGGUCUCCUUUACUUGAGAGUGUUACUAAAAAAUGAAUUGUUUCAACCUCUAGUACAGCGUCGGAAGGGGAAAUACGAGGCGAGGCUGGCGCAAUUGCACAAUCUAGUCCAUUUUUUGCAGAUUCGGGUAGAAGGAAAGCGGCAGCAGCUCACAGACAACGAAACCAGCCAAAAUUUGGAGGCGCUUGUUAUGAUGUCAACCUGCCGCUCAAUUCUUCUUGUUCUUCAUGAUUUUGGAAUCGAGGAUUCCUUGUUGCAAAAAUUUUGAAUUUUGUAGCAGUACAGAGUAGGGGAUUUCUCUUCCAGUAUUAAUUUGUUCAUCUUAAUAAUAAUAACUGUCAGUGUCAAAAAUGUCAUCCCUAUUCUCAAUGUAGCAAUUGAAUUGUUGUCCUUCUCCUUGCUUCAUACCGCAGAACAAAAUCAAGGGCUACGAACAGAACCUCUUCCACAUGCAGACGUUUAUCGCAGCGCGGGAAGCAGAAGCAGACUUUGGUCAGCAAAGGGAGAAAGUCCUUGGAACGAUGGAAAGCAUCAACAAGAUUCUGAUAUCGAAUUGCCUUCGCAUUCCGCCGAUGGCGGGCUAUUAAGAAUAUCGUUUACAGAGGGCUUUCCUGGUUUCGCAUCCGACUUUGUUGGUGAAUACAUGAACUUUUUUUUUGCAUGACAGCUACAAAUACUUUAGGGGAUGUAAAGAUGAAUGAGUACUACCGCGUCCCUAUCCAAAACGUAACUGACUUCUUGAUACUUGUUGGCAACACCAACAACAAGAUGCGGGGUGAAUCGUGGUCAAUGAAUACUUCAAGUCACAUGAUUGUGCGUGCAGCAUUGCUUAGGAAAGCAUUGUUGACCGGCGCUUAUGACGCAUCCUGGAACCGGUUCGCGUGGACAUUUUCGGAUACAGAAUUAAUUUUCUCGUGUUCAAG